GGUCCCUGGAAACAGUUCCGGGAAACCCCGCGUGCUGCCGGGGUCGCGCCGCCGUCCAUGAGGAGAAGGAGGAGCGCGCGCCAUUUGCCGUCGCUGCUUGGGCCCGAGCUGCGCCGCGCCGGCCCCGCUCCGCAGCAUAAUAAAAUGGCUAAUCAGGUGAAUGGUAAUGCGGUACAGUUAAAAGAAGAGGAAGAACCAAUGGAUACUUCCAGUGUAACUCACACAGAACACUACAAGACACUGAUAGAGGCAGGCCUCCCACAGAAGGUGGCAGAGAGACUUGAUGAAAUAUUUCAGACAGGCUUGGUAGCUUAUGUCGAUCUUGAUGAAAGAGCAAUUGAUGCUCUUAGGGAAUUUAAUGAAGAAGGAGCCCUCUCUGUAUUACAGCAAUUUAAAGAAAGUGACCUGUCGCAUGUACAGAACAAAAGUGCAUUUUUAUGUGGAGUUAUGAAGACCUACAGGCAAAGAGAGAAACAAGGCAGCAAAGUACAGGAAUCAACGAAGGGACCAGAUGAAGCAAAGAUUAAGGCUUUGCUAGAGCGGACUGGUUACACUUUGGAUGUAACUACAGGGCAGAGGAAAUAUGGGGGUCCUCCUCCAGAUACUGUGUAUUCUGGUGUUCAGCCUGGCAUUGGAACGGAGGUUUUUGUUGGUAAAAUUCCCCGAGACCUUUAUGAAGAUGAAUUGGUACCACUCUUUGAGAAAGCUGGUCCAAUUUGGGAUCUGCGUCUCAUGAUGGAUCCUCUUUCUGGUCAGAACAGAGGUUAUGCUUUCAUUACCUUUUGUAGUAAAGAUGCAGCACAAGAAGCUGUCAAACUGUGUGACAACUAUGAAAUCCGUCCUGGGAAGCACCUUGGAGUAUGCAUCUCCGUGGCAAACAACAGGUUAUUUGUUGGGUCAAUUCCAAAGAACAAAACUAAGGAAAACAUACUGGAAGAGUUUGGUAAAGUCACAGAGGGUUUGGUGGAUGUAAUUUUAUAUCAUCAACCUGAUGAUAAAAAGAAGAAUCGAGGAUUCUGCUUCUUGGAAUAUGAGGAUCACAAGUCAGCAGCACAAGCUCGUCGACGCCUGAUGAGUGGGAAAGUAAAAGUCUGGGGAAAUGUGGUUACAGUGGAAUGGGCUGAUCCAGUAGAGGAACCUGAUCCAGAAGUCAUGGCAAAGGUUAAAGUUUUAUUUGUAAGAAACUUGGCCACUACUGUGACAGAAGAAAUUCUUGAGAAAUCCUUUUCUGAAUUUGGAAAGCUGGAAAGAGUAAAGAAGUUGAAGGAUUAUGCAUUUGUUCAUUUUGAGGACAGAGGUGCAGCAGUGAAGGCUAUGAAUGAAAUGAAUGGGAAAGAGAUAGAAGGGGAAGAAAUUGAAAUAGUAUUAGCAAAGCCACCGGAUAAGAAAAGGAAAGAACGUCAGGCUGCCAGACAGGCCUCCCGGAGCACUGUGUAUGAAGAUUAUUAUUACUACCCUCCACCUCGCAUGCCACCUCCUAUUAGAGGCCGAGGCCGUGGAGGAAGAGGUGGAUAUGGCUAUCCCCCAGAUUACUAUGGCUAUGAAGAUUAUUAUGAUGAUUACUAUGGCUAUGACUAUCAUGACUACCGUGGUGGCUAUGAAGAUCCCUAUUACGGCUAUGAUGAUGGCUAUGCUAUAAGAGGAAGAGGAGGAGGAGGAAGGGGUGGGAGAGGUGCCCCUCCACCACCUAGGGGGCGGGGAGCACCACCACCAAGAGGUAGAGCUGGCUACUCACAGAGGGGGGCACCCAUGGGACCGCCGAGAGGAGCCAGGGGGGGGAGAGGGGGCCCUGCGCAGCAGCAGAGAGGACGCGGUGCUCGUGGAGCCAGGGGCAACCGUGGGGGCAACGUAGGAGGCAAGAGAAAGGCAGAUGGGUACAACCAACCCGAUUCCAAGCGCCGUCAGACCAACAACCAGCAGAAUUGGGGCUCCCAACCCAUCGCUCAGCAGCCGCUCCAGCAAGGUGGUGACUAUGCCGGUAACUAUGGUUACAAUAAUGACAACCAGGAAUUUUAUCAGGAUACUUAUGGGCAACAGUGGAAGUAGACAAGUGAGGAGGGAUUGAGAAUAUUGGAAACAUAGAAUUGGCUAUAGCUCUACAUCUUUCAAAAAAAAAAAAAUUGGCUUAAUGUUUCAUCCUUCAGUAGCGAUUGGCUGCCAUUUGUAUUGGGCUGAAGAAUCACUCUAUUGUGUAUAUACUCGAGUCUCUUAGUUUUCUUUUUUCAUAAACGCACUUGGACAUUACUGGGCUUGCAGAAUUCCUGAACUCCUUAUGGGGUCUCAGUGCUUUUAUCAUUUUAGGCUUCACUUUAGCAGUUUAAAAGCAGGAAUGGCACACUGUUCAAUCAUGAUUUUGCAGAACCUCUGGUUUUGGACAGUUUCUUCUUUUUUUUUUUUUUUUUUUUUUGGAUUUGGGAUAGACUACAUAGGAGUAUGCUGUACAUAAAAGUAAAAGCUAGUGCUUUGUCUUAGUAGUUUUAAGAAAUUACAACAAAUUAAGUUUUCUUGUAUUGAAAAUAACAUGAUUGUAUGUUUUGCAUUCCUAGAAGUAGGAUAACUGUGUUUUUAAAUUGUUAUAACUUCACACCUUUUUGAAAAUCUGCCCUACAAAAUUUGUUUGGCUUAAAACGUCAAAGCCGUGGCAAUUUGUUCCUUGAUGUGAUUGUAUUUCCAAUUUCUUGUUCAUGUAAGAUUUCAAUAAAACUCAAAAAUCUAUUCAAAACAUUACCUAUUUCAAA